GUCCGCCGUCACGUGGGAGGACCACGCGCCUAUUUAAACGGUCGUCGGGAGCGCGCGCGGUCCUGUCCAGUCAAUCCGGUGGUGAAGCAAAGCUUGGAACGUUUUAAAGAAAAAUGCUGUCCCAAUUCUCACGUUACAUAAAUUCCAGCACUUCAGUCUUGAAGAGAAGACUAAAGACAGUGGCUUACACUGCAGCCACAGAAACAGCAUUAAAAACUGAGAAGUCAUUCACUUCAGAAGAGGUUUUUGCACGUGAAGAAAAGUAUGGUGCACAUAAUUAUAGUCCACUGCCUGUAGCAUUGACCAAAGGGGAAGGAGUUUAUGUAUGGGAUGUGGAAGACAGACGGUAUUUUGACUUCCUGAGUGCUUACAGUGCUGUGAAUCAAGGCCAUUGUCACCCAAAGAUUAUUGGAGCACUUAAAUCUCAAGCUGACAAAUUGACACUCACUUCACGGGCUUUCUACAAUGAUGUACUGGGAGAGUAUGAAGAGUAUGUCACUAAGCUGUUUAACUACAAGAAGAUAUUGCCAAUGAAUACAGGUGUGGAAGCUGGAGAAAGUGCUUGCAAGCUGGCUCGUAAAUGGGCAUAUGAAGUUAAAGGAAUUCCUAAAUAUAGAGCAAAAAUUCUUUUUGCAGCUGGUAAUUUUUGGGGUCGAACUAUUUCUGCUGUUUCCAGUUCAACAGAUCCCAGUAGUUAUGAAGGAUUUGGACCAUUUAUGCCUGGGUUUGAAAUUAUCCCAUACAAUGACCUGCCAGCUAUAGAGCGUGCAUUCCAGGACCCUAAUAUGGCAGCAUUUAUGGUGGAACCAAUCCAGGGAGAAGCUGGAGUAAUAGUUCCUGACAAAGGCUACCUUCAAGGAGUGAGAGAAUUGUGUACAAAAUAUAAUGUCCUGUUCAUCGCAGAUGAAGUGCAGACUGGACUGGCUAGGACUGGACGACGAUUGGCAUGUGAUCACGAAGAUGUCAGACCAGAUAUUGUUGUUCUUGGAAAAGCUCUCUCUGGAGGCGUGUAUCCUGUGUCAGCAGUGAUGUGCAAUGAUGAAAUUAUGUUAACUAUUAAACCAGGUCAGCAUGGGUCAACAUUUGGUGGUAAUCCUUUAGCAUGUCGUGUUGCUAUUGCUGCACUUGAGGUUCUUGAAGAAGAAAAUUUGGCAGAAAAUUCAGAGGAAAUGGGAAUGUUCCUCCGAAGUGAGCUGAUGAAACUGCCAGCAGAUAUUGUGACUGCUGUAAGAGGAAAAGGAUUAUUGAAUGCCAUUGUUAUUAGAGAAACAAAAGCUUUUGAUGCAAUGAAAGUUUGCAUUCGACUACGUGAUAAUGGCCUGCUAGCUAAACCAACCCAUGGGCACAUCAUUAGACUGGCACCACCCCUUGUCAUCAAAGAAGAUGAAUUAAGAGAAUGCGUGGACAUCAUUCAGAAGACUAUUUUGUCUUUUUGAAGCAGAUUAAAACUGUUAAUGCUAUGAAUUUUCAAUACGUACUCAAGGUCUUGCAUUCGUGAUCAUGUAUUCUUGAUCUCUUUGCAGCUAUAUAGUAUUUGUUGCACAUUAUACCUAGGAUUUUAUUUGAAGCAGCUGAUACCUACUAUGCGUUUCUCAAAUCUUCAUCUUUAAUUAGGAAACUACAUUUAACUUCAGUCAUAGACCAAAGAUCUGAAAUAGUCCUUGUUUGACUGUUAAACCAGUGACAGUUUGAACUGUGCUACAAAUCCGAUUUAAAAUCUAGAAUAAAAUCCUAGGUGAAAUUGAAGUUCACGUAAGGUUUUAAAAUUAACUUAAUUUAAAAGAUUAUAUACAUUCAUCAUUGUGGAAAUUCUGUUUUCCUGAAAAUAAUUCAUUUGAAAUGUUGUAGUUUCAAUUUUGACACUCCGUUAUCUUAUAUGGACACAGAUAUAUGAAGCCCUUUGACUCUGUUUUAAAUUUCAGGUUGUAAGAAUCAUAAUAAAAACAUAAAAUGCUGGAAAAACUCA